GAUUGUAUUGUUGUUUUGUUUUGAAUAGACAUGAACUUUGGCAGGGUUCUAUAAUUUUAAUUAAAUUACGAAUGCUGUAAUGUAAGAGUAAUGUAAUGAAUUGAUAUCGUGUAAGUAAAAUCAGAUAUCCAUAAAAUACUUCGUUUCAGUUUCAAUUUCAUCCGGAGUACACGAUAAAAAUCCAAAAUGAAUCAAGCCGUAGAUGAAAACAGCUGGAGAACUCCUGCAUUUAGAAGUAACGUUGUACAAAAAAUCGAAGAAGCGAUCCAAAAAUCCGGCAUGCCAACCAGUAAGACAAGCGGCGAAAUGGAAAAUCACGUAUACCUAAAAGCGAAUACCAAGGAUGAAUAUUUAAGCUUCGUGGCAAGAUUAAUAUUACACGUUAGGGAAAUGAAUUCGAAUAAAAGAGGAGGUCAAAUGGUCGGUCAACCACAGCAGCCAGUAGGACCACCGACGCAAGAUCCCAUGAAUGCAUUACGAGCAAUGGCUCAUCAAGGCGGCAAUAAUCAAAUGAUGAAUUUAAUACCGCAACAGGGUAAUCAACAAAUGCACGCUACCAGUUUGCUACAAACAUUGAAUCAGAGACCUUCUUUACAAGCUAAUAGAGUUGGAAUGCAACCCGGUGUCAUGGGUCAAAUGGGGCCUAUGGGUCCGGUGAUCCAAGGACAAAUUCCCGGUGGUCCGAUGCCUAAUCAAGUGAAUAUAUCUAUGGCUAAUCAAAUGAAUACAUCUGUCAAUUCUCCCGUCGCAAAUGUUACGAUCACUGGUCCUGGGCAAAUGGUUAAUGCAAAUUCAAUGAGUGGACCAAUGGCUGGCGCAGGAGGUAUGCCUAAUCAAAUGGCCAUGUCUGGUCAAAUGGGUAACUCGAUGAGUGGACCUUUACCGGGGCAAAUGGGUAACGUGAUGAAUUCACCGAUGGGUCAACAAGUACCUUCUCCUAUGCCAAAUGGUAUGGCACCUGGUCAAAUGAAUGUUCCUGGACAAAUGAACCAUUUAGGCGGUCCAAGAAAGAUGGUUCCUGACGGAAUGAUGAUGCCAGGUCAAGGAAAUGUACCAAAUGUAGCUUAUAUUCAAUCUCGGUGCCCGGUGCCUAAUCAGUUUAUUCGUCAAAAUACCCCUCCACCGCAGCCUUCACCGGUUGGGAUGAAUCCUGUCGGCGGUAUGGUUCCUUCUCCUGCUUUAGUGCCGUCGCCAAACACUGCACAGAUGCCAACUCCGAGUGGUAUGGUUAAUACUAUGAUGAGACAGUCUGGUCCUGGUAUGGCACCUUCACCAAACAGUAACAUCAAUUUGAAUACACCCGGUAAUCUAUCUCAGCCUACCCCUAGUCCUUGCAGUAACGACGAACAAGCAUAUCGAGAUAAAGUAAAGCAGCUCAGUCGUUACAUCGAACCUCUUAGAAAAAUGAUAUCUCGUCUUGGAAACGGAGACAGCGAAAAAAUGGGUAAGAUGAAAAAGCUCUUGGAAAUCUUAUCUUCGCCAGGCCAAAGAAUAACCAUGGAGACUUUACUUAAAUGCGAAGUCGUAUUGGAAAAAUUAGAUAUUAAAAUAAACCAACCAGAAACUCAGUUGAAAGAGCAACAUCCUUUAAUUGAGGCGAUCAGCGCAGCUUUACAGAGUCCGAAUCCAAACCACACAUUGCAAAGAACUUUCGAACCGAUAAUGAGCACUUUGAAUGGAAAACCACUGAAGAACUUACCUCGACCUUUAAAAAGGAAACAUAUCGAAGAACCGAGCACUGAUAUUCCAGAAGUACUUCAAGGCGAAGUGGCUCGUUUAGAUAACAGAUUUAAAGUUUCUCUCGAUCCUGUCCAACAGAACAGUUCGAAAGCGGUUCAUUUAACGUGUUGGUUGGAUGAUAGACACUUACCGUGUAUACCUCCGGUGCAGAUAACCAUUCCAGCUGAUUAUCCAGCCAGUUCGCCAAAGUGCAACAUGUCUGAUUACGAAUACGGUGCUACGAGUUUCUUGCAAAUGAUUCAAGACGCUUUGCAGGCGCGUAUAUCUAAACUUCCGGCUCGAUUUACCGUAUCGCAACUAUUAGAUAGUUGGGAGAUGAGCGUCAGGGAGACAUGCUCGGCCGAUCGGAUAUCGGAGGUCGGCAUGACGCCUUUACUUAUUACCUCAUGAACGAGGUAUCGAAGAUACGAAUAAAUCAAAUUAUAUAAUAUGAUACCUAUCUAUUGAGCGUUUCCCAAAAUGUUUGUUCUUUUCCAAUCGUUCAAGAUGUAUUAUUAAACGGUUUUAUAUAUUUUAAUAAGAAUUGUUAUUUUGGAAUAAAAUUUCUCUUCAUUUUUUGUGGGAAA